ACUUUCCCCGUCUUUCCACUCCCUCCUCCGCCGAGCUCUGGCUGCUCGUGGGCUGCUGCAGCGCUGUUUCCCCUCGGGAGCUGGAAAAGGGGAAGAAAACGAGGCUGGGAGGAAGAGAAUCCCCUCACCUGCUGCAGUCUGGCCUUGACAAACCAUGAAGGAAGAAUGAGGGGGAAUCCUGAAGCAGCAGCAGCAGUCUGAUUGCUCCUGGACUUUGCCCAAAGGGACUGUUUGCACAUCAGUGCUCUCUCUUACCAGUGGAACCAUGGAAGGAAAGGAGAUGUCUCUGAGUCACACCUCAGAGAGCAGCAUAUUGGACCUUCCCUCUGUUUGUGACCUAGCAGAGCACUUUCUGCCUCCACACAGCUCUGAAAACAGCGAGGAGCUUUAUCCUUCUGGGGAUGUUUUUCCCUCUCCACCCACAGGAGAGAGCAAUCCAUCAUCUGCAGCUUCUGUGGGCUAUUCUGCUGAAGGCUCUGAGGAAGCAAACGUGAGAUGUUACACAAAAGCAGGGCUGUGUGAGCCCUCUGAACCUAACGAUGCUGUGCUCUCAUGGAUGUAUGAACAUGAUGGUGCAGAAGAUCCCAGGAUCCAGAACUCUCUGGAUGGCUUCUACAAAAUGUAUUGCAGAAAGCAGCCAGAGAGAAAGGAUCCGACCUACGAGGCUGCCUCACGGUGUCUGUCACAGAAGAUUUCAGAGUUGGAACAAAAGGACGGAACAAAAUACGUGUCACGUUGCCUGCAAAUGGCACAGUUGGUCUUGAACAGAGAUGGAUGUAAGAUCUUUCCAAACCAUCCCCCUUCUGCUUGCUUUUCAAAGCCAGCUGAAGGAGAAGUCCUGUUGGAAAACAGGAGGAGUAUACCUGGACUCUCAGAUGAUAUCCUGCAGUUCCUCUUGAAACACGCGCAGGCAGAAUGUAGCCCUGAUGGGUCACACGAGAAGUGAGCAAGACAUUGGUUUGUUUCUAUCAUCAAAGCUUUGCUUUCACUCCAGAAAGAGGUGACUUUCCUUGAAAGACAUUGUUCUCCAAGCACCACCUUCAGCACCAGCUGCUCCAUGGAGGGGCUCACCCACACCAGACCUUGCACCUUGUUCUCUGAAGGGCAGCACUGCAUAAGGAGCAUCCGUGUAACUGCUUUGGGAUGUGGUGACUAUUUGAGAGGGGUCAUGCAGUGUUUGCUGCUGGGACAUCAAACAUGAUAAUUUAUACCCACCAGGCUUUUAAACUGGCCUGCAUCCUUACCCUAGGUUAACAGUGGUCCAGCCCAAAUUCAGCCCUUGGGUGGGCAUGGCUGUCCAAGUGCUGUUGGCUAUGACAGACUGUUUGAAUGACCUUGGCAUGGUGUGCCCCAGCCCUACAGAGGGAAAGUUAAGAUCUUGUUCUGUACAUUUGCCCCCACGGGGUGCCUCUUAGCUCUGUGUCUUUACCUACAGACAUGUAACCCCGUAGUUCAUGACUGCAAUGCCAGGCAUUUAUUCUGUCUGAAAAAGUGUGUGUGUGCAUGAAAAAGAGAAAAUACAGCUGAGUAUGUUCUGUGA